AUGAAAGCUUAUCGAUGCAGCUACGAAGGCUGUAACCAGACAUACUCAAAUAAGUACAAUCUCAGACGUCACGUAUCAAUAAAUCACUAUAAAGUUCGAUUUACAUGUCAAAUUUGUGACAGAAAACUCUCAUCAGCGCAAGGAUUAAGGGAUCACGUCUAUUGCCACACAGGCGAGAAACCCUACGCUUGUAAGUUUCCAGGAUGCACCAAAAAAUAUCGGCAAGGAAGUCAAUUAUCGGUACAUAAGAGAAAACAUGCUAAACAACUUGGAUUGAAAGAUUCAGAUUUUGCAGAAUUAAAGGUAUUUUUUAUGUAGUUAACUUGACUUAUAAAAGAUGAGAUUCCAAAGAUUUAUCAAGUACCAACCAGUCCAUUUGCAAUUUCUAAUGUCAUUUUGCCACCAUUGAGGGCAUUUUUCGACAUAAAAGUUUAA